AUGUCGGCCAACUACUGGGCGUCGACUCAAUGUAACAACUGGCUGAUCGAUAGGGCGCAGCUCGAGCUUGCGCGCCACGAGGACCGCGAGUAUGCCAGCGAGACAGAGUGUGCCGCCAUCGGCAUCUUUUUCGCCAAUCUCAUUUCGAUCGUCUGCAAACGGCUCAACCUGCGCCAGCGCGUGGUGGCGAGCGCAUGCGUCUUGUUCUCGCGCUUCUUCUGCAAGAACAGCUACAGCGCGGUGGAGCCGUUCCUGGUGUGCGCGACGUGCGUCUACGUGGCGGCCAAGGUGGAAGAAUCGCCCAUCCACAUCAAGUCGGCCGUGGCCGAGGCGGCGCGCAGCUUCCAAGAGGUCGGCUUCCGCGCCAUGCCGACCGACAACUCGAGUCUGGCCGAGAUGGAGUUCUACCUGCUGGAAGAGAUGGAGUUUGACAUGAUCCUCUUCCACCCCUACCGCUCGCUGCUCGCCAUCUACGACGCACACGGAUCCGACAGCAGCGACAGCAGCGCUACUAGCAGCGCUACAGCCGCCCUGGGCAUCGAGGCCGAGGCGUUUGGCGUGCGCGGUCUGGAGAGCAUCGAGACGAGGUCAGAGGCAAGGCUGGCCGAGCUGGACCAACACGUGCUCCAGAUGAGCUGGCUCGUGCUCAACGAUGCCUACAGGAGCAACCUGCCUUUGCUCUACCCGCCCUACAUGCUCGCGCUCGCCGCCGUGUGGAUCGCCCUCACGCUGCACACACCCGCCUACGAACGCAUCAACGCGACGCUCGAAUCCAUGCAGCAGCAUCGCAAACAACACCAGCAGGCCGCGCUGGAAGAGAUCGUGCCUCCGAGCGGCGAGGCGCUCACCUUCUUUGCCAGCCUCAACGUGUCGCUCCCGCUGCUGGCCGAGGUGGUGCAGAGCCUGCUCGAGGCGUACCAGCGCCAAUCGCAGGCGGCCAAACUCGUCGCCGACGGUCCGGGCAUGGUCAAGCUGCUCGAACGCAUGCGCCACGCACGCCGAACCGCACUGCUCACCACCAACGCACAGGGGCGCUAG